AAACUUUCACACUGCUACAAGGAAGAGAUGAUCGUCUUGAAGUGGCAGAAGUGAAAGUAUGCAGAUGGAAUGAAGAAACUUAAGUUAUAGGAACACAUGCUCAUCAUGCUAAAAAAAAGCAACGCAUACUCUCAGAGACCAGCCCAGGACACUCCACUUACUCACUGAUACGCCAGCUGCCAUUAGGACAUCAGGAAAGGACAAGGCCAGCUGUCCAGUCAGUCAAGAUCUACUGAAACCAGUGACUUGUAUCUGUGCACAGCGUUUCUGUUCGGCGUGUGUUCUCACUCUGAAGCAGGACAGUCCAAAGGGAUCCCACAGCUGUCCUCAGUGCAGAGAGAUGUUCAGUCCGAAGUCUGUUCCACGCUCAUCCGUCAGAGUUGAUGAUCUGUUGGAGAGAAUGAAAAAAGUGAAGCUACCUUCUUCAAACCAUCCUUCGGAUCCAACCUAUGCUGGACCUGGAGAGGUACAGUGUGAUGAAUGCACUGGAAGAAAACACAAAGCCGUGAAGUCUUGUUUAAUGUGCCUGGCAUCCUUCUGUGAAAGUCACCUAAUAGCUCAUACCACAAUGCCCUAUCUGAAGAGACACAAGCUGAUCGAAGCCUCCCCGGACCUGCAGGAAAACAUCUGCUCCCAACAUGACAAACUCAAUGAAUUCUACUGCCUUACAGACCAAAAAUGUAUUUGUGCUUUGUGUGUGUUGAAUGAACACAAAGAACAUGAUACGGCUGAAGUUGAAACAGAAAGGAUGGGGAAACAGACUGAGAUUGCAGAGAAACGAAGGGAAGUAAAGCAAAGAAUCAAGGAAAAACAGAAAGAGCUGGAUGAGCUGAAACAGUCUUUAGAUACACUAAAGUGCUCUGCACAGGCUGCAUUAGAGGAAAAUGAGAAGAUCUUCACGCAGCUGAUCCACACCAUUGAGAAAACCUGCUCUGAGGUAGCAGAGCUGAUCAGAGCUCAAGAAAAAAUGGAAUGUAGUCGAGUUGCACUGCUUCAUGAGCAGCUGGAGCAGGAGAUCGCUGAGCUCCACAGAAGAGACACUGAGCUUCGGAAGCUUUUAAACACAGAUAAUAAUGUUUUAUUUCUGCGGCAUUUCCAGUCUCUCUCUUCACUAUCUGCAUCUGUGAACUCGCCCAGCUUAACUGUCAGUCAGCAUAUUAAAUCGGAUCUUGUGAGGAAAUCGCUUUCUGAUCUUAAAUUGGAAUUGCAGAAAUUUGACAAGGAGGAGUACAAAAUUAUUUCAAAUCUUACAAAUUUUCAGUUGAGAUUUCCUUUUGAGCCAGUAAACAGUGAGGAUUUUCUAGGUUAUUAUCAUAAGUUUACACUGGACAUCACUACUGCACAUGAUGAACUCCGAAUUUCUGAAAACAACAGAGAAGCAAUGUGCCGUGAGACAAUCCGACCGUAUAUUCAGCAUCCGAACAGAUUUGAUUUUUGGCCCCAGGUGCUAUGCAAAGAAAGUAUAACUGGACGCUGUUACUGGGAAGUUGAAUGGGAAAAGGGAAUAUGGGGGGUCUAUAUUGCUGUUUCAUAUAUAGGGGUGGGAAGAAAAGGGCAGGAUCGUGUGCAUUGGUUUGGACACAACAGUCAGUCCUGGAGUCUGGAAUGUUCUCCAACACCUUGUAUCUGGCAUGACAACAAUAAAACUGAGAUUGCAGGCCCUUUAUCAUCUAAAAUAGGGGUGUAUGUCGACUAUAAAGCAGGAACUCUUUCCUUUUAUGAUAUUUCUGACAAGAUGACCCUCUUACACAGAGUCCAGACCACAUUCACUCAGCCCCUCCAUCCUGGGUUUUGGUUCAGUAUGUCUUCCUCAGUAACACUGUGUGACCUGUGAAUAAGCCUAGCAGAAAUAUGUGAUGCUUUUGCUGUUUAUGAAAUAUCUGUGUAAUGUUACUUUUAUCAAGAACGUAAAACAAAGCUAGCACUACAUACUAAUUAAAGAUUUUUGUUGCACAUAAAUGUUCUAUACUGUGAGAAGCCAGAAAAUUGAAAUGUUUAAAGGCAUGAAAUAUACACUUUGCCUGGUAUCAUUUAAACAUUUAAACUUUAUUUUUUUCUAUAUAUUAUGUAAUAGUGAAACAACAUUUAUAUUUUGUGAUAAUAUAUAACAAAAAUUUAAUUUCUUUUUUUCUAAAGAUGAAAGUUAUGAAUACAUCUAUAAAUAUGCAGAUGCCUUAACAUGCAUUAUAUUUUAGCUUUCAUAUUUAAAGAAAGCAUGUGAAAAACACUGUAUUGUAUGUGUAAAUGCAAGUAGAGGGGGAAUGAAUCAGGUGAUGGAAGAAUCAGGAGGUUUUGGAGUCUUAUAGUUCUGACCCAAAUACAGCAAAAUACUGGAUUUUAUAUGUGUUUUGUGUGUGGGUGUGUGUGUAACAUUUGUAACAUUGUAACUAUUUUUGUAUUAUUCUACUCCUGUUGACCCAGUAGGUGGAGACAUUUCUUCAUACACUGAUGGGAGUCAGCAAAAA